UUUAAUGCGAGCUCCAGAGCCUGUGGAUUAGUUUGGCGAAUAGGGAGAGCCUUGAUCGUGAUAAUACGGAGGCGAGGAAAUAAGAAAAAGUGUUGCGGAUAAAUUUUGUGGCUUCUAAAAUUCUGCGAGUUCAGAGGUGGUCUUAAUAAAAGUGGAAGAUAUAUCAAACAGUUGUAAACAUGACGGAGGACAUGUUAAGUGCUGACAUAUGUAGAGUGUGUCGAUCGGAGGGCUUGGCCGAUCGACCGCUCUUUCAUCCCUGCAUAUGCACUGGCAGUAUCAAAUGGAUACACCAGGAGUGCCUCGUUCAAUGGAUGAGAUACUCUAGAAAAGAGUAUUGCGAGCUCUGUGGAUACCGAUUUUCUUUUACACCCAUAUACAGUCCAGAUAUGCCAAGAAGAUUACCGCUGCGAGAUGUUAUCGGUGGUCUGUGUUCCAGUGUCGUUACGGCCGUGAAAUAUUGGCUACAUUAUACAUUGGUAGCGAUUGCCUGGUUAGGAAUGGUACCGCUUACAGCCUGCAGGACCUAUAGGGUCUUAUUCAGUGGAUCUCUAGAUCUUGAACGUGUGAUGUCAUUACCUAUGGACAUGCUUUCAACUGAAAAUAUAUCCUCCGAUGUUUUUCACGGCUGCUUUGUAAUAUCUUGCACAUUGUUUACGUUUCUUGGAUUAGUUUGGUUAAGAGAGCAGAUUUUACACGCCGGUGGUCCCGAUUGGCUAGAAAGAGAGAAUGUUCAAGCGCCGCCGGUCGAUAAUCCUAUGCAAGGUGAUCAAGUUCAGAAUCAGCAGCCUGUAAUUCAGCCAGAGGCUCAAAAUAAUAAUAACGUACCACCAUUCGUAGAUGAACCAAGACCCGAGGAGAUUCAUAAUCAUGCAGCUGGAAAUCCAGUGGAAUUGUUGUUUCGUGCAAUGGCCGAGCGUCCUGGGGCGGCGAUGGCGGCUCCUCCUGCGCCACCAGCACCGGCACCAGCAGUACCAGCUCCGGUGCCAAUAGUCGGUCCUAUCCCGGAUAACGAGCCCAUAAGACCCGACGUCGAGGUGGAUCAUCAUCAUCAGCAGCUGCAGCAGCAGCAACAGCAACAACAACAACAACAACAACAACAACAACAACAACAACAACAACAGCAGCAGCAGCAGAACGCUGCCAUGGGACAGGAAUGGCGAGGCCAGGGCGAGGCCGAGGAGGCUAAUUGGAAUCCCAUGGAGUGGGACCGACCAGCCGAGGAACUCACUUGGGAGAGAUUACUCGGGCUCGACGGCUCGCUACUUUUCCUCGAACACGUCUUCUGGGUUAUGUCACUUAACACUCUCUUUAUCAUGGUGUUCGCCUUUCUUCCCUAUCAAAUUGGUUAUUACGCGAUAUCGCUGUUGGGUGCGCAAGAGAUGGUCGCCGCAUCUCAUUUCGAAGGUUUGCUAACAACUCUUUGUGGCUAUUGCGUUCUCGGCGUUUUCCUCGUGGUCACCCAUGCACUUGCCGCCCUCCUGGGAUUUCAGCGAUUCCAACGUGUGCUCGGUCUAGGCUACGUAAUCGUCAAAGUCUCGCUGCUGAGUGUCGUGGAAAUUGGUGUGCUACCCUUGGUAUGCGGCUGGUGGCUAGACAUUUGCUCUUUAGCGAUGUUUGAUGCUACCCUGCGGGAUCGCGAAUCAUCGUUUCGCUUGGCACCGGGAACUUCCAUGUUUAUACACUGGCUCAUCGGCAUGAUCUAUGUAUAUUACUUCGCCUCGUUCAUCCUGCUGCUACGCGAGGUCUUUCGACCCGGUGUCCUCUGGUUCCUCCGGAAUCUCAACGACCCGGACUUUUCACCCCUACAGGAAAUGAUACACUUACCGAUAUUGAGACACGCAAGGCGUUUGGUCGCGUCCGCAGUCAUUUUUGGAACAGCUAUAUUACUCAUGCUCUGGUUACCUAUUAAGAUCUUGAGAUGGACUUGGCCAGGUUUUCUGCCCUACACCGUUACCGUUCAAACCGAGACUCAAAUAAGCGAACUCUCGCUAGAGCUUCUCCUGCUCCAAGUGAUCCUGCCGGCCUUACUGGAACAGUCGCACACGCGCACUUGGCUCAAAGCCUUGAUUCGGGGCUGGUGUCGCGUGGUCGCUUGGAUGCUGAAUCUUCAGUCGUACUUGUUGCGUGAGCAGACCGACGAGCCAGGACCAGCGGUUAUCGAGGAGCCCCAGCAUCCGGAUCUCGGUGCCGCUCACCAAGCCCUGCUGCAGCGCGAGGGUCCGUUUGGCUUCCAGCCGUAUAUUAGGCCCAAAUGGUUCCCUGCACGGCUCCUCGGGCUGCUGCUUUGCGUGUGCAUUUCCCUCAUCGUGGCCAGUCUCGUGGCCAUGACGUUGCCCGUCUGGAUCGGACGCAAAGUUAUGGCUCUGUGGUUAGCGGGAGCGCCUGCGCCAUUGCCUCCAAUACUUCCACCGAUGCUAUUCCCUACUAUCACGGAGGGUGUGGAGGCUCUCGCUUUAUCAGGUCGCGUCCACGAGAUGUACACGAUCGCUUGUGGAACGUACGUCUGUUGGGCAGCGGCUCGCGGUCUUGCCCUGGCCGUUUCUUGGCUACCGAGGGGUCGACGUGCCAUCCUCGAGCGCAUCAAGCACUGGGCCAUCAUCGGAGCCAAGGCCUUUGUCAGCAGCAUCCUUCUCAUUGGCGUUAUACCCCUGCUCUUUGGUCUGCUACUGGAGCUCGUCGUCGUCGUGCCACUACGGGUCCCUCUUGAUCAGAAUCCAAUUCUUUUUGUUUGGCAAGACUGGGCACUGGGUGUGCUGUACACGAAGAUUGCGACGGCGGUGACGAUGAUGGGCCCUGAGUGGCGUCUGAAGCUCGCGAUCGAACGUGCCUACAACGAUGGCAUCCGCGAGAUGGACUUACGCUUUGUAGUGACGGAGCUCGCGGCCCCCCUCAUCUGCUGCUUCGGACUGGCCCUCGCUGUGCCAUAUGCGGUCGCCUACGGUGUCGUGCCCUUCUUCGUCGCCGACAUUCAAAUACGAAUCCUCAUCGCCAGAAGACUCUAUCCCUUCCUACUGCUUGUCAAUCUCGUCUGCGUUGCCAUCAGCAUACAAAUCAAGCAGUUUAGAAAGCUAUACGAGCAUAUAAAGAACGACAAAUACUUGGUCGGUCAGCGGCUGGUAAAUUACGAGCAUAGAAAUAAGCAGCAACAGCAGCAGCAGCAACAGGAGCAGCAGCAGCAGCAGCAGCAGCAGCAGCAGCAGCAGCAACAAGAACAACAAGAACAGCAAGAACAACAGCAACAGCAACAGCAGGCGACGAGCUAACAGAUCUAGAGAUCACGAGACAACAACUCUGGAUUUCUUCGAUUGAAGAUUAAUAGCUUCUCCAUUUGAGGGGCCAUUCGUUAUUCCUGUACUUAAUUUCGAAUUAUCAGCGAUUAGUGUAUUUUGAUGGUGUGAAUUAAUUUUAUCGUUACUAUUGCGGUUUUUUUUCUUUUUCUUUUUUUCUCUC